GAAUUUCAACUUACAAUCAAUUUUCUCACUCUCUCAAUUAUUGUCAUUGUUUCUUUGUUACGGUCCUCUCAUUGUUUCUUUGUUUCGGUCCUCUAAAAUGAAGUUCCAACAUUUUUCCCACCACCAUAAGCUCAUCUUUAGGGAGGCGUAUGAGGAGGAGUAUGAAUGCGCCGGGUGCCUGGAUGUCAUUAACGGUCCAGCUUAUAUUUGUGAAGACGAAGGCUUUGCAAUGCACAAAGUAUGUGCUGCAAUGCCGCCUCAAAUACAAAAAGAUGCUUUUCACCCCCAUCCACUCAAAUUCAAAUUGGUAGACAUAAUUGUGUGUGAUGCAUGUAGAAGAUUCUCGGCAAAUUACAUCAUUUACAAGUGCAUAUACUGUGAGUUCAACCUCGAUUUCAAAUGUGCAGUGGCUAUUAUAAAUGAUGAGAAUGAGAUAGCCAAACGUGAUGAUGAGGAUCUCCGAAGAACCACAACUCCCCAUUUCAGCCACCCACAUCAAUUGACUCGUUGCAAGGUUUGGCCAAUGAGAGAGCUUGGAGAAAAUAUAUUUAAAACCUUUUGGCAGUCAAGUAAGUUGAAGUGCGUGGCAUGCAAACAGGAGGUCCAAGGUACAUUAUCUUUUAUCUGUCUUCCUUGUAAAUUUUUGAUACAUGAAUCAUGUAUGAAUGACAUGCCGAUGCAAGUUCUAAGCAGUCCGUUUCACCCUCACCACAUUCUUCACCCUCGACCUUUCUUUAAUGCACGAGAACAAGUUCGAUGUUAUGCUUGUAGGAAGAAAGUCAAUGGUUUCAGCUUUUAUUGCAAUACAUGCGAUGUUGACUUUCACGUUUCAUGUGCCAAGUAUCGAACUCGUGCUACAAAGCAUAGUUGUCAUCCUCACAAUCUUCUACAAUUGGGGAAGAGCAUUAUCAAAGGGAUAUCUUGUCAUGCAUGUGAUCGUAAAACUUGCAAUGACUCUAUUUUCAGUUGCAGAAAGUGUGAUUUCAAUGUACAUCCUAAAUGUAUACCACUACCGUCUAAUUUUGAGCAUAAACGUCACUUGCAUCCACUUACUCUUACAAGUCCUUUUGCCGAAGAUGAUUCGGGAGAUUAUUAUUGCGACAUGUGUGAGACAGAAAGGAAUCCAGAAAUCCAUGUUUAUUAUUGUGCAGAAUGCAAUUAUAUUGCGCAUAUUGAUUGUGUCCUAUCCGAGGUAAGACAACUGUAA